AUGGUUAACCAUUCAAGACUUCUUACCACCCCUCCAGAUUGGCCCUUAGGAGACAUGGCUCCAACGACCAAAGACAGACCCAGAUUCGCCAGUAUUGACGAAGUCAUUACUAAGGCAAUGGCUGCCGAUGGAGCAGUAUCACCACCCCCACCAGCUCAGGCACCAGCCUCCAGCAAGGUCAAGAGCUUGAUCGCAACUUGGUCUCAGCGGGCUGAGACCUCCGAAGUCGUUACGAAGAAGUCCUCACUAAAAGGACUCAAGCACCUCGGACCAAAAUACGUCCAAACCCGGGUGCAGCAGUUCUCACGGCCCACGGCUGUCACAGAGAUCGCCAAGAUCGAAGGUGGUCUCGUCAAACAGCGCAUCGCUGCUUUAGAGGACGUAAAGGCGGCUUGCCAGUUUGCACUCGACCGUCAACAGAGCAACCGUCAACAGAAUGACUACCCACAAUCAGGGCAACUCGGAAUUCAGCCAACCCCAAGCCCAGACAGAGACAUCUCGACACCAACACCGACACCGACAGAAGAUGUCACCUCCCCCCCGGAUUCCUUCGAAACGGAGUCAAAGGCUCUCAUGCGAGAGAUUAAGCAGAUGGAUAUCAUGUCCAGUGCUUCCCGUCACUACCACGAUUGGCAUUCGGAUCAGCCUACCCCCGACCUCCACCCAAUGGUCAGAGCUCCCACAGAUUUCCAGCGAGAGACCGGGUUGAACGUCGGGGUCUCGGCCAUCCCACCAUUAACUGGGUCGGCCCGUGUCUUUGGCACCAGACGCUACAGACGAGAGCCUCUGACCGAAGGGCAGUCUGAAAUCCAGGCUGCCACCAAAGUCACCCGGCGAUUAGUCAGUGACACCCAUUGGCUCAAGGCCAAAAAGCCUGCCGCGGCUAUACCUAUCGGCACCAACCAUCCCAUUGUCCAGGCACGCCUUUUCGAGGGUGCCCAGUCGCUGCGUAAGCCGACGUCACAGCUCCCGAUUGCCAAAUAUUACACCAAUAAUUACGAUCCGGAGAAUAACGACGUAAUUUUGCCGCUGUGCAUCCACAAGAUGCCCACGGCACAGAACGCCGCUCACCCACCUCCUCACGCCCCACUCGGUAAUUAUGAGGGCUUUACCGAGUACAAAGUCGCCAGCCGUUUCGGGAUGCUGGGGACUCGCCCACGUCUGGUUGCCGCCAGACCAAGGUUCGGGGAAAACUUGGCCCCAACCAAGGUCCGGGGCAACCAAGACGUGCCCACCUUCCCCCGCGUCCCGAAGUUGAGACGCAGGACCCCACCACAGGUCACGAUCGACUUCUUCAACAAGGUCUGGCCGAAUGGCACCAGAAAGCCUUCGGCCUAG